UUGUACCUGCCACAGGUCAAAUACACACUGGAUUAACCAAAAAAGCAUGUUACAACGGCUAUCGUAAUGAAACGACAUCACAAUCUAGAGCCAACGGUUUAAAAAUACAACCCUGGAAUCAUAAGCCGACGAUUGCACAAAUAUAAUUCCGGAAACAAAUUCACACUUUAACACACUUAAACUAACAUGCAAGGACUACAAAAACAUAGGCAAUAACAUAAAAGACCGACGACUAGACAUUCUAGAUAAGACUCAAACCCAGCCAUAAAGAAAACAAACCGGGACGAUAGUUUUUAUACCAAUAGUUUAUGGAUAACCGUUGUCGUAGAUUGUGCCUCAUAAGGGCUCUGCUCCACUUAAGGGCCUCUGUUCCACUGACCCUCUCCAAAACCAACUAAACUCACAAUUGGGCUUGAACAAACUAAGGUUACACGCUUCUGCUCCAUGCAUAGACUAUCUCCACAUCUAACUAAAACUCGCCAUUGGACUUUGUAGGAGCUCACCACGCGCCUCAACACCACGGCAGAGCUAAUCAAACCUUACUUGACACGCUCUUAUUCAAAAAAGCAGGUAACCAUAAAUCCACCACCACGUACCGUAGAUCUGAUGAGAUCGAUGGCAUGAAUUCCGAUUUGAGACUCUCCGUUUCAAUACGAAAAAACGAAGCUUCCGACCAGAUCUGAAACCCGUAGACUGAUAAACAAGGCUGAAACAAAACAAAAAAAAGGUAUCUACCACCGGAAAAGAUGGAAAAACGGUGAACUUUUUUUUUUCUUCUCGCUCGCGUUUUCUUUUCUUGGCUCUCCUUUUGAAAAACAUGAGCUUUAUGUUGAAAGAUUUCUUUGUAGACUCUCUUGCCAAAAAAGAAGAUAGUGUUGUUUUAUUUUUCUAUGUAAACUAGAUCAUCAAACUAGACAUUUUUUCACUUCAUCUAAACAAAUAAUGACUAAUGACAGAGAAAAAAAAAAAACUUUAUAAUAUACAGCGGAAAAUAAAAGUAAUAAAAAACAUAACGCUCUUUCUCCAAAACCCUUAGAACGAUCCGAUAGCAAUCGCUAACGUGAUUCUCAGAUCGACGAGGAACAAUCUCCGCCGCAACGCAAUCGAAGAUGACAUCUACUACCAGCGCUCCGAAGAUCUCAAUGUUCGGUGCCAAGUCCGGAUUCGUAAUCCCUAAAAACAAGUUAUCCGGAUCACUGAUCCCCAUUUUCCAACGCGGCGGAGGAGGCGCCGGAAAGGAUAACGGAACGCUCACGAAGCUAGGGAAGAGGAAGACUAAGUGGGGACCUGAUUUGACGCAAGACGUUGCAGUCAAGAAGGCCAGAGUCUUGGCUUACCAGAAACGUUUGGAUCAAAUUACACAGCAACUGGAGUCAGGAACUCAUGAAGCUGAGGCUAAUAGAGAAACCAACAGUGAUAUUGCUGAACAUCUGGAGUUAGAGAAACGUGAAGCAAUUGGGGAGAUACUUGAGUUGAAUCCGAGGUUCAAGGCUCCACCUGACUAUAAGCCAGUGCUGAAAGAAGCUAGAUUGCCGAUCGAUGUCACUGAACAUUCUGAUUUUAGUUUUCUAAGUCUCAUAUUUGGUUCCCAAGGUGAUACUCAAAAACAGCUUGAAAAAGAGACUGGAGCCAAAGUACAAGUUUUUGGCACUAAAACAGGAGGAGAGAAGGUUGAACUCUCUUCUUCAGAUGAAAACGAGAUCCAGACGUCGUGGGAAGAGUUAUAUUUUCAGAUAUCAUCUGACACUUACGAAAAAGUAGAUGCAGCUAUUGCUGUAAUUGAGCUGCUUAUCUCUUCAGUGUCUGGAAAUACAGGAACUGAGGCUGCUCCUCCAUCUAGAUCUGAAGACGUUUCAACCGUUCCAGGCAACAACAACGUAACUGCUACAGACCCAAACUCCGAACAGCCAACUGUCAGCUCUGUACAACCUUCACAAACCCAACUCGAAGAACAUGGCUCCUCUUUUCCAUUGGCUUCAAAUCAAGUUCCAUUUCAUCCACAUCUUAAUCCCUCUGCUCCAACUCUUGGUAAUCGUAUCCCGGAUCAAGAACUGCUAACCAAUCCUCCUUUUGCUCAGCAACCAAUUCAUCUUAACACAUCAUUACGUCCUGACUUUCAAGUCCCUCGUCCACCAGAUUUGUUUUCUUUUAACCUUUCCAGCACACCAAGGCCCUACUCCGUGGUUGCCCCGCAAGGAUCGUUAGUUCAACCAGGUUUUUCGACUCUGCCUCCAUAUUCUGGCAGUCAGGUACAACCACUAGGACCACGAUCUACAAUGAGGCCGUCGACUUUCCAAACUGUACCUAGCAGUGGAUUUAGACCAACGCUGUUGCCAGACAUGGUCUCAAGCAACAUGUCCCAAUCAAUACGGCCUCUGGCUCCUAACCUCAGUUUACAUCCGGUAGCUCAUCAGACAGGUACUGAAAUACCAUCAGUUCCCUUUCCCUCUGGUAUCAGUCUGAAACAUCUAACAGAAUAUGCUUCUGGUGGUUCUCUGCGUCCCAUGUCAGUGUCACCACAUGUUUCUGGCAGGCUUGCUGGUCCUCUUCCUACUUAUCCUUCCACAAAUACAGCUCCAAGGCCAUUUCAAGGCGAUUUCGGUUUCCAUCCACAAUCACAUAUAUCUCCUAGACCCAACUCUCAAACAGUUCAUCUCCCUCCUCUGGUAUUUCGAGCCCCAUCCGUCAGUCCAGCCUCCCAACAUUUUGGACAAAGUUUCGCAAGAUCACAGCACUUUGGGUGGCAGAUGGAUCAACCCCUGAACCACCUGCCUAGACCAUUUCAUGGUAACGUGAGAUCUUCAAACUUGCAGAGCUUUGGACCUCCAUUGCCUCGGGUGAUGCCUAGGAACUUCCCUGAAGCUCAGUUCCCGCAGCGUUCUGCUUUUUUCCCUCCAAGACCAGUGUUUCAUAACGAUAACCUGAACCUAAAUGGCCAACCACAGAUUCGACACAGGUCUAACGCAGGUGUGCAUCAAGUAUAUGAUCCUUUUUCACCUAGUGACGCAUGAUGGCCCGUUAGUGUUUUUUUUUUCAUUACUGAGGAAAAAGAGAUAACAUUUGAUAUAAUUUUCCUAACAGAAAGUUUCAAAGCAUUGGCUUUGUCUUUUCCAUGUAUAAAUGUUUGUCUUUUGUGAUUUUAAUGGUAAAAUUGAAAAUCGCCUCAGAAAA